UACCGUGAGCCACAUCUGCUAAGCUAAUUCAAGUGUAAAACGUGUGGUCUGAAUUGCAAUCGUCGCGCAAAGAUGACAAAGAUAGUCAAAGGUUUGUCCCAAGCUCUCGCCAAGUACGACGUGGUGCUCGUGGACCAGUACGGCGUGCUCCACAAUGGCACACAACCGAUGAUCGGAGCUGUCGACUGCUUCAACCGUAUGAUCGAAGCAGGAAAGCGAGUGGUGCUUGUAUCUAACACAGCCAAUCGAUCCUCCGGACUACUCACCAAGCUUGGUGCGAUGGGGUUCUCCACUGAUUUCCUGGGCGUCACUGGCGGAGACGUGUGUCACGAGUACAUUAGAGAGCGACUUAGUACACACACGCGCUGCUCAGUCAUGGCUCACGAUUUGGACAAAAUGGUCUCGAAAACAAACCUGGAGUCGAUUCUAAAUGGCUUGGACGUGGAGAUUGUGGGUCUAGAAAAAGCUCAGUUCCUCAUGGUGGAGGGCGUCCAGCAAGUCUGUUACAGCGACAAAGUGGAUGACGCUAUGGCUACAGACUACCGCCAUACUAACACACCCAAUGACGCUAUCAACGAGUUCCUAAGAGGAGGGUUGGAGCGUAAACUCCCGUUGUUGUGUCCGAAUUCGGACGCUGUGGGAGUCGUGGAGAACGAUCGCUUCGUGUACAUGGGCGGCGGUAUCGCUAAGCUGUACGAACAAAUGGGCGGUGAGGUGGUUUACUUCGGCAAACCGACGAAAGAGCACUUUGAAGUGUGUUUGAGACUGGCAAAUGUGACCGACAAGUCGAAGGUCGUGCACAUUGGCGACUCACUGCAUCAUGACGUCCAAGGCGCGAAAAAUAUCGGAGUGGACAGUAUCUUCAUCGCGGGAGGCGUCCACGCCAAACAACUUGAAGUGGACGCUUGGAGUGAUGCUGAAGAGGAUUUAUGCAUUAAACCAGAGUUGCUGGACAGACUACUAGCCGAGACGCAGCUAGAUCCAACGUAUACUGCAACUCGCUUCCAAUGGUGAAGCCAUGUUUAAUGCAGCCAUUUUCAUCACAUUAGAAACGUUUCUAUCUUCGUCAGCCAAUCAAUCCUUCCCAGCUCUUCCAACCAG